CUUUUCGCAUCAACAUACGACUGAACAAUGCGGUCUUGUUACGUUUUUCUGUUGCUCGUUGGGUUCAUCGUCGCUGUCCAGACACAGCUGACUCCGCCGCCUGAAUGUGGAGCUCUCUGUCUCAAAAAUGCGAUCGCAGCAUCAAACUGCUCCUCAACAGACACUCUUUGCAUCUGCACCGACACACAGUUGACCCAGACCGCUGAACUAUGUGUCGCCACAACAUGUACUGUUCGCGAAAGCUUGAGCACGAAGAACUACUCAAUGGCGACCUGUGGGGCACCAGUUCGAGACGAAACAUGGUCUACACUGUGGCUGGGAAUCGGGUUCUUCAUACUUUCGCUCGUAACAUUGCUGUUGCGUGUUCUAUCACGCUGGGUGUGUGAUACUCCAUUCUACUGGGACGAUUACGCUAUGUUUGGAGCCAUCGUGUCAGCUGCGGGAUUUGCAGGCACCAGCAUAGCAUUGUAUGUGCAUGGUCUCGGCAAAGACAUCUGGACUGUCUCGUUCAACGAUAUAACCUACAUGCUUAUUGCAUACUACCAUGGUGAAUGGGUUUACAGUAUUGCUGUGUUCUUCACCAUGACGUCAUUGCUUCUAUUCUACCUGCGAAUAUUCCCGACCAGGUCUGUAAAGAUCCAAGUUUGGAUCGUCAUGACUGUUGUCAUCCUUUAUACCGUCUUAGGAGCACUCAUCUCGAUCAAUCAAUGUACACCUAUACGAGGAGCAUGGGAAUACUGGGAUGGAGAAGAGAAGUUUCAUUGUCGGAACAGGAAUGCCUUGGGCUGGGCUUCCGCUAUCUGGAAGAUGGUCUUGGAUGUUGCGAUAAUCUUGCUUCCGCUCAGGCCACUUUCCCAGCUGGCACUGUCAAAGAAGAAGAAGGCGCAAGUUAUACUGAUGUUUGCUGUUGGCAUCUUUGUUACACUCGUCAGCAUGCUGCGGCUUCGGAGUCUUGCCAGUUUUGCAGACUCUCACAAUGCAACUUGGGACUACAAAGAGAUGGGCUACUGGAGUCAGAUCGAAGUCCAUGUCGGCAACGUGUGCGCUUGCAUGCCCGGCAUAUACUCGUUAUUGAAGAAGUUCUGGCCCAAGAUCAUCGGCACUAAACAGGAGUCGAGUCAUAUGAUGGACACGAUCGGGAGUGUUAAGCCUAAGAUGAAGGUGCAGUCCAGAAUGCGGUUAACUCUGGGGGACGAGGAGGACUUUGUGCGGCUGGAGGAUGAGGAUUAUGUAAUCUUGAACAAAGGACAGCCUAAAGCUGCUUCUAUUGCAAGUAAGACCUCGCGCUAA